AGGUGCCACCUUUCGGCUGCCGUAGUUUUUCUUUUCACGUGCUCGCCCAGUCGUCAUGGCGGCUUCUCGGAAGCCAGUGCUGUUAGGGCUUCGAGACGUGGCAGUGCAAGGCAGCUCCACAGGGUCGAGCUCCUGGACUACGAGCAAGUUGGGCGGCGUUCCAGAUGUCCUGCCCGCCGUAGCAGUGCCGAGGCCGGAGUGUGAACGCUGCAGGCAGCCGCUCGUCUUGGUCGUGCAGGUGUACUGCCCCCUGGAAGGUUCCCCCUUUCAUCGGCAACUGCACGUGUUUGCUUGCGCCAGUCCUAAGUGCGGCGACCACGGGGCGCGCAGCUGGAAGGUGUUCCGCUCCCAGUGCCUGGAGGUGCGAGAAAAAGAGACCCAGGACGCUCAGAAACAGGAAAAUGACCUUGCUACUGAGAACUGGUGCGACGGUGCAGAUGACUGGGGAAGUGACAUUGAGGAGGUGCCUCCACCACAGCUUACAUUGGGUCUUGGAAAUGAUUCUAACAGUGCCAAAGAUGUAGACUGCACUGCCCAGCUCCAUGACCUCCAUCUUCAGGACACUCUCCUGCCGGCUGCUCAUCCUGCACCUCCAGGGGAAGGUGUGGCCAUUUCUUCUGUGACGCCGCAGUUCCUGCCCUACUAUAUCUGUGUCGUAGAUGAGGGUGACUACAGAGACUUUGCUAGUCUAGAGCAUGCCGACAGCCUUCUGAGGGACUACCAACAAAGAGAAGGAGUUGAUAUGGAGCAGUUGCUUUCCCAGAGUUUUUCUAGAGAUGGUGAUGAAAAAUACGAGAAGGCCAAAAUUAAAAAUGGAAAUCAAAUGUUUUACAAAUUCAUGAAAAGAAUUGCUGUUUGUCAGGAGCAGAUUUUAAGGUAUUCGUGGAGUGGAGAGCCACUCUUUCUGACAUGCCCCAUCCUGGAAGUCUCUGAGGUUCCAGCCUGCAGUUACUGUGGAGGCCAGAGGACGUUUGAGUUUCAGCUUAUGCCGGCACUGGUCAGCAUGCUCAGAAGUGCUAAUUCAGAUCUUUUGGUGGAAUUUGGAACAAUUCUAGUUUACACAUGUGAGAAGAGUUGCUGGCCAGAAAAUCAUCAGACUCCCUUGGAAGAAUAUUGCAUUACACAAGAAGAUCCAGAUGAGUUAUUAUUUAAAUAA